GAAUUCGACAUUGGUGAGCGUGGAACAGCUCAUACAUACGACAUCAUACUUUGAAUGUCACAACAUUCGAUAAAAGAAAUCUAGAAACUUUUUUUUUUUGCUGUAAUGUGUCGUUUUUAUUCAGAGAUUUUCUAAGUAGUGUGUGCGCGCGAGGAAAACGUAAGCCUCGUAAUAUUCGACGGAGAAACACAAGAAAGAAAAAAACUACGAAUCUGCACGUAGAGAAUAUACAGCAAUCAAUUAUUUGACGUACUAUUUUGGAAUAUUGACGAGACAAGACGAGAGAAAGAGAAAGAGAGUAUUGAGUGCAAGCGUACUGAAAAGAGAUAGGAAAGUAAAAUAAAAUUAAAAAAAAAAGAAAGAAAAAUAAGCGAAACAGAAGAAACGAGAUUUUGGUUAUACUUCAGUGAAUAAAAUUUUAAGUGUAAAACGCAUCACGGGACUGUGUGUAUUCUUUUUUUUGUUUCUUCUUCUUCUUCUUUUCCUUCUUUUCGUCUGUACAUCAAUUUGCGGAGACAGAAAGUGUAAUAAUUUUGCGAUUGAAGUACGAAAAGGAAUUUUAAAAAUCAAAAGACAUAUUGUGUAAGUAAGAGGAAAAACAUAUCUAUCAUGCAAGCAUCGUAUUCAUCUCCCCCCCCACACACACACACACACCUAGCACCAAACUUGAUUUUUAUUUAUUUUUCAUUUGCAAUUUAAUCGCCAAUAAUAUAUCAGUGCAAAUUAUCAAAACGAACCUUAAAUAAGACACGAAACCGAAAAUUGACAUAAAAAAAAAACAACAACACAAACUACUAAGUGGAUUAUGGAAAUGUCGUGUUGAUGAUGAAUUUUUGUUCGACAUUGGUCUAAAUUUUCUAUUUGAUAUUAUAGAUUUCUGUAUAUAGACAAGUUUUAUAUGGAAAUGAUAAAAGGAGUUCCGCAAUUUCAUCAUAGAAAUCGGUGGCAGCGGCGACGGGCGGUGUAUGCUGCGCUCAGUUUCCGAAUCCGUAAUGUUUUCACAUUUUGACAUUUAUGCACCUAAAAAGUGAAGUCACAUAAAAAAAAAAUGCAUCAACAUUGCAAUCAACAACAGCUCUGAUUGUAUGUUGUUGUGCCGAAAAAGAAUCAACAAUUUCUGCAUCUUUCUUCUCGAAACCGUUUCUGUUUCAUUGUUUUUGCGCACCAAUUCCCGUGUGACGCUCAUAAAAACACAGAUAAACAUACAAUGUGAACAAUCAAAUUUGUGCGGAAUAUACAUAUAGAAUUCAAAGAAAUCAAACACGAAACAAUAACAACAACAAAUUCAAGGCACCAAAGACGAGAGACAUUCGUAGCAAUCGUAGCUGUCAUUCGUUUUCUAUAUCGUAUUAUACCAAUGAAAAAAGAAAAAGAAAUAAUUUACGAUUUGUGCGAAAUAUGUAAAUACGCAUAUAAAAUACUUUAAAGUGUAUGUAAUUGGUUCAGUGUUCUUAUUUUCUGUCGGCUGCUCGGUUUUUUUUUUAUUCGCUGCUGCUUCUUCUUUCUCUUCUAUUAUUGUUCGGUCUCUAUUAUCAUUCGAUUGUGUGUGCAAUUUCUCGAUAGAGAAAUGAGAAAUACAGAAGGCGAGAGGCAUAGAGAGGGAGAAAGACAGAGAGUGAGCUGUAAAAGAACCUCUUAAGUGUUACCAAAGCUCGAUAUACAUACGUGUAUAUAUAGAGUUAUAGAAGAGUAUAGGCAAUAAUAUGACGAACAUGAUGAAAUUAUUUUGCUAAUUUGUGCGGCGGCGGCGACGGCGACGACAACGACAAUGACAAACUAGUGGCAGUGAUUUACGCGCGUGCAUCCCAAUACCAAAAAGAACAUCUUAUCUAUUCCGUGUGAUUAUUAUGUGUUUCUGUUUGUUUUAGACUCUAUCCUUCGGUCCACUUUAUUUUUUUGUCGCUCAUUUUGCACGGAAUCAUCAUUCUUCGCCCUGCUCCUGUCUCCGUUUCUCUUCCUCUCCCUUAGCAAAGCACAAACGAAACGAACAAAUAGCAACAGUGUAGAACUGGAUUAUUUGAAAGACCUUGCGAACUGUACAAAAAUCAACAACAUUUGAUUGUUCACAGCUCACGCAAAAUGUUGAAGAAAAAAAAAAUGCCGACCAUUUGUUUGGAUUGCAUGCAUACGAUAUAUCAUAUUAGCGUCUAUGUGUGCAUGCCUAUGUAUAUGCGGUGUGUUGUUUGUGUAUGCAUCGAUGUUGAACUGACGUGUCCUUUGCUCUCCAAUUAAAAUAGAGUCGGGUGGUACGGUGAACUGUUGCGCUUGUUCGCACAAAUACAACCGAUCAUGACUUUAUUCAGCGCUUUGGCUUAAUAAUUUCCUUAAUUGUUGACACUUGCACUUGAAUUGUGUGGAAGAAGGAGAAAAUAGUAGCAGCAACAACGUUUCACGGUGUCAGGCAUGGUUGUAUUAAGUGCGUACUCAUGGUAUUUACUACCACCUGGAAGACGAUCAAAAUGAUUCCGUUUUGAAGAAUGAAAGAAACAGUACCACUCAAGUGCCUAUGCACCGAGUCAAACGAAUAUGAAAAACAGCAACAAGCACCACACACACACACACACACACACACACACACUCACAAUCCCACGGCACAUGCUUAUCGUGCAGUGUUUCAUUUCCUUUACGCUUCGAUUGAGUAUAAUCGAACUUAACAGCAGCAGAACAGUUGCUUCACAUUCGGGCUCGUUUGGCUACAACCAUAUAUAUUUACUGUUUGCUUGUUUCUCGUGUCGACGUCUUCUUCUUCUUUAUUUUUUUUUUCUUUGAAUUUCUUUCCUGCUGCUUCUUUCGAGCCUUUUCUUUGUGGUUUACACACAUAUAUUGUAUUUUUCUUCGUCGUCGUUGUCGUGGUCGUCUUUCGAAAGGAAUAAAAUAAUUUACAUGUGACACAGGCAACCGAUUUGGAUCCAGUUUGUGACUGAGAAACAUCGGUGUGAAUAACAACAAGUAACAACAAAACUCAGAAUAGCAAAAAUGUCUUCGUCCGUAGACACAUCAACAGCCUCAUCAUCCGUAUCCGCAUCCGCAUCCACAUCAUCAACAAUGUCAAAUACACAGAGCAGCCCGAAUAAUGCUGCAACCGAUUUUAGCACGAAUCCCACUGGCAACGUGAUCGGGACAUCAGAUGCAGCUAGCACAUCAAGCCGAACAACAGAGCCAACAACAGAGCCAACAACAGCAACAACGAAUCCAAAAAUCUUUGAUACAACAACAGAACCAAAAUUUGGCGACACCGGCAAACCGAAUGCCAGCGAUACAAAUGGCUCGAAAAAGGAUGAUUCAAUGUUUGAGUGUAAUAUUUGUUUGGACACGGCGAAAGAGGCCGUUGUUAGUAUGUGCGGACACUUAUUCUGUUGGCCAUGCUUGCAUCAAUGGCUCGAAACACGGCCAACACGUCAACUGUGUCCCGUGUGCAAGGCAGCAAUUAGCAAAGAAAAAGUUAUUCCACUUUAUGGCCGCGGCAGUACUAAAGAAGAAGACCCACGUUCAAAAGUUCCGCCACGUCCUGCUGGUCAACGUACAGAACCAGAACCGAACACAACCUUUCAAGGCUUUGGCUUUGGCGAUGGCGGCUUUCAAAUGUCACUUGGAAUUGGCGCAUUCCCAUUCGGUAUAUUCACAUCGACAUUCAAUUUUGGCACCAACCUUCGCACGCAAAGUAUGUAUCCUAGCACAACCGUACAAUUCGAAGAAGAUCAGUUCUUGUCAAAAGCAUUCCUCUGGGUGACUGUAUUGUUCUUGGCCUGGCUUAUUCUUGCCUAAAAUAUUUAGAAAAAGGAAGAAGAAAAAAAACCAACAGCAACACAUCUCGCCGCCUCUCCAUUCAUCCUCCCUGCUAUUCAAAUUUGAAAGAAAAUCAUCUGUUUGAUUAGAAGAGCGUAGUCAACAGCUGAACUUAUAAAAAUUUAGAUGAUGCAACAUCAAAAUGUCAUCUGUGUACGACGAUCGAAAUCGGAUAUUGGAUAAAAAGUCAUUUCGAUCCUUCUACACAAAAUACUUCUCCUCCUUCUGCUCCUACUGCUGCUCCCCAAUUUAUUUUUUAUAUUUACUAUAUAUUAUUGAAAUCGAAUUGAUGGCAUUUUAUUUUCUACACUGAAAUUUUACAUAUUAUUCGAUGAUUUAGUAGGCUGUAUAUGCAUUGUGAUGCUGCGCGGCUGAAGCAAAGAUUCAAGAUGAAAUAACUGUUAAAAUAUGAUAUUUUAUCCCAAUUUUUUUUUUUUUUUAAGAAACAACAUCAAAAAUGAUAAUGAUGAUGAUAAUGAACAAUCAACAAAAAUUUACGACUAUAAAAUGUAAAAGAGAAACAAAAUGAUAGAAAAAAAAUCAUAAAGAUGAAACAAAAAAAAAAUUAAAUAAGUUUAUCGCAAAAAAAUCCACACAAAAAUGCGAAACAGACAACACGAGUAUGUGUGUUGUUUGUGCCGACGUGUGAUUGAUUUGCGUGUUAUCGUGAUGUUGGGCAACAAAAAAUUAAAUUUAAAGUUAAAAAAAAAACAACAACAAGAGAAGAAAAGAAAAAAAUCGUAAACUUAUUGAAAUAUAUACCUAUUAUAAAUUGUACAUGUGUAAUUAAAUUGAAAUAAAAGAAAUAUGAAUGAAAAAAAAAAUGCAACAACAA